AACUGUCAGACCUCCAGGAGCAACUGCCUGAUUAGGAGGCACCAUGCUGGAGCGUGUGAAGACCUCCCUCCGUAGCCUGGUGGACUCCAGACCAAGAGAUCUGAAAGCUUCACUUAAGACCUUCUGUCAGAGAAAUGGCCUCCUGACACUGUCGGUCAUUUCUGUUGUGGCCGGCUGCUUGCUGGGUUUUAUGAUGCGGAACAUGCAACUAUCAGAACAAGCCAAAGUCUACUUUUCCUUUCCUGGGGAACUCCUGAUGCGGAUGCUGAAAAUGCUCAUCCUUCCCCUGAUCACAUCCAGCUUGAUGUCUGGCCUUUCUGCCAUGGACUCACGAGCCUGUGGACGCAUGGGUGUGAUCACUAUCACCUAUUACCUGUGGACAACAUUCAUUGCUGUCAUUGUGGGCAUCAUACUGGUGCUAAUUAUCCACCCUGGAGCAGGCGCCGUAAAGGAAGGAGACAGAGCGAACAAUGGUCCUGUCAUGACUUCUGCAGAUGCCCUGCUGGAUCUUAUUAGAAAUAUGUUUCCAUCAAAUCUGAUUGAAGCCACCUUUCAGCAGUAUCGCACACAGCUGAUACCCUCCAUCAAGCCACUUUCUUCAUCUCGAAUCGCUGGCCUCGCACCCAGUUUUGUCUACAUUGUUCCAGAUGAGAAGAACCCCAAACUGGGCACUGCUGUUUACCUUGAGCUCACCCCUGCUCCUGAGGUCAUCUACAGAUCGACCCCUGGCAACAGUCGAGAAAUGAAUGUGCUUGGAAUCGUCCUCUUCUCUGCCACCAUCGGCCUUCUUUUGGGGAAGAUGGGAGAGAGAGGGAUGCCCAUGGUGAAUGUCUGCCAGUGCAUCAAUGAAUGUGUCAUGAAGAUUAUUUCAGCUGCUGUGUGGUAUUUUCCCUUUGGAAUCGUAUUCCUUGUUGCAGGAAAGAUCUUAGAGAUGCAGGACCCGACAAUGAUUGGGAAAAAGCUGGGCCUGUACGCUGUCACAGUGGUGUCUGGUCUCCUUAUCCACGGCCUGAUUCUUUUGCCCACCUUUUACUUUCUCAUAACCAAGAAGAAUCCUAUCCCAUAUGUGCGUGGCCUUCUACAGGCUCUGGUGAUUGCCCUGGCAACCUCAUCCAGCUCUGCUACACUGCCAAUCACCAUGAAAUGCCUCCUGGAGAACAACCGAGUGGACCGCAGGAUUGCACGUUUUGUCCUGCCAGUAGGUGCAACCAUCAAUAUGGAUGGUACAGCACUGUAUGAGGCUGUGGCUGCCAUCUUCAUUGCACAAGUAAACCAGUAUGAUCUAGACUUUGGACAAAUUAUCACUAUCAGCAUCACAGCCACAGCAGCCAGCAUUGGAGCUGCAGGAAUCCCGCAAGCAGGCCUGGUUACCAUGGUGAUCGUUCUGACAUCGGUAGGCCUUCCGGCUGAUGACAUUACGCUCAUUGUUGCAGUGGACUGGGCUCUAGAUCGAUUCAGGACCAUGAUCAAUGUUCUAGGGGAUGCACUGGCUGCAGGAAUCAUUGCUCACAUCUGUCGGAAGGACUUCAUGCCCAGUACUGAAAAGGAGGACCUGAUCUGCAGUGUCCAGAACCUGCCUACAACAGAGAUCCCAUUGCUGGCCAGUAAAGACUGUGUGUUUGAGGUCAUUGGUGAUACGGUUACAGAGAAGCCAACAGUUUACUACAAUAUCUGCCAAGUGUGAAUUGGCCUACACUCCUCUUCCAUUUGCUAUAAAACAGUUAAGCAGUUCAAGGUUAGCCUCUCACUAUUGUGCACUUGCAAAGAAAGUAGGGACUGUCUCAUCGAUGAACAGCCGAAGGAUCAUUUCAGGACAUCUGCCAUUUAUGGUUGAGAAUGAAGACCUUUAUUUUUCUUACUUUCAAUAACUAGAUAGCAAGUGUCAUGUGGGUGCCUUCAGAUUCUCAGUGGAGUGGCCUUUCCCUUGCAAGACCAUGAGUUUUUUUUUUUUAUUCAAAUUCAACCUAAAAUCUAAAACGGUUUAGGACAAUCAUGGGACACUACCAAAAAAGUGAACCUAUCAAUAAAACAGUAAAAACCUUGUGUGGAUCUAAUCAGUCAGUCUAGCAAGUGAUUGUAUCAGACAGGGAGGGACAUCAGACAAGUUCUAUCUGCAUGAAAGGUCUAGCUAAUAUCUCACUUGGGGAAUGCUAGGGUCCAAUGGCUUCUCCCGAGAUGAUGAGAUGACCAGAAUGGUGAAGCUGGAGCUCCAGAAGAAAACAUUGCUAUGAUCUUAAGAAACUAGAACAUCAUCAUGGUUUUUUGUUUUGGGAUUGCUCCAUGUGAAUAUUAUACUUUACAAAACUGCACCACGUUCUACUACGUGAAGAUCAAGAAACAGAGAAGACGAUGCAGAUCACUUUGGCUUUUCCAAAGGUGCCAAUGAAUAUAGUAAUCUGCUUUAACCCCAUAUACUUCACAUGAUCCAAGCAGUAACAGCUUUUUGAAUUAUUUAAACUACAAGCAUAAGAUUUUUCAGGCAAGACUGACUGAACUAAUCAAUCAAUAAAUGGAGAUGGCCAUUAUAAAACACAAGCAACUGCAGCUCUCAAUGUUUAUGAAUACUGGUGUCCUGCUCUCGGAGAAGGGCACAUUCUGUUCAUUUCACUUGGUGAUGAUGCUUAUAAAAACAGGGUGCUAUGUAAAAAUUAAGGACAAGUCGGCAAGGACUGUUUGACAGAAUUUUAAAAUAAUUUUAGUAAGCUACAGUACAUUAGCAGGAACAAAACUGUGCAAUGUUGACUUUACAGCAGCUGCUUGAAUGAAAUCUUCACAUGAAGAUGGCAAGCACAAUUGCCUUGUUUAUUAUUUUUUGUAAUAUAACUGAAUUUAAUGAAAAUCUAAAUAACAGGUGUUAUGUGGAUAUGUCUUGGUUGUAAGAAUUGGGGGUAUACAAUACAAAAGAAACAUAUGA